AUGUGGAUGCUGAUGCUACUAGUUGCCGCCCUUGGUUGCCAAUCGAGCGCCACUCCGAUGACACUGGCCAAGGAGACGAUCCCGCCCGUCCAUCAUCGCUGGAGCCGCUCGGAGUCGAUGGAUCCGAACGGGCUGUACACGCUCGAUUGGCACGUGGACCAGAAGGACAUCGUGUUCACGGCCACGGCCAACACGCGUGGCUUCAUGGGACUUGGCUUCUCGCACCGCUCCGAACAUAUGGCCGGAUCGGACCUGGUGCUCGUCUGGGUCGACGAUCGUACCGGUAAACCGAACGUACUGGAUUGCCACGGCUCGAAGGAUAACCACCACAUGCCGGUGCAGGAUGAUACGCAGAACUAUCACAUCGAGAGUGGAUUCCAAAACCUGACGCACACCUCCGUUACAUUCCGGAGGGCACUAGAGACCUGCGAUCCUCAUGAUAUAAUUAUUGGUGCCGAUACGAUGAAGGUCCUGUGGUCGUACGGUGACCGUGAUCCGGUGGCCGGUAGCUUAAAAGGGCACAGCAAAAAUCGUGGGGCCCGCUCGAUCCACUUCCUCGGACCGCAGUUCCGUCGGCCGACCGAUCAGCGAGAAGAUCUGCGCCAGUGGGACGUAACAGUGAAGAAUGUCUCCAUCGACGCCAGCAUGGACACACUGUACUGGUGCAAAAUCCUCAAGGCACCGACCCUGCGCGAAAAGCAUCACAUCAUCGGCUACGAGGCGCUGCUGACUAAGGAAAGCUCCACGAAGCAACCGCUCGUGCACCACAUGACGCUGUUCGAGUGUUCGACCAACUCGUACCCCGGUUCCGAUCCCAACUCCUGGGACGUUUGGGUCAAGAGCAGUGGAGCCGUAUGCAACAGCAAUCUACUGACACCACGGGACUGGGACUCUUGCAUCACGCCCGUGGCGACCUGGGGUGUCGGUGCAUCCGGUCAGUUCCUUCCCGAGCACAUCGGCAUCCCGAUCGGCGGUGAUAAGGGUGCCGCCCGGUACUACAUGCUCGAGGUGCACUACGACAAUCCGCGGGCGAAGCGUGUGCUGGAUCAUUCGGGCUUCCGGAUUCACUACACCCGCCAUGUCCGGCGCCACGAUGCCGGAAUGAUGAUCUCGGGAGUGUCCGUUUCGGACACGCAAAUGAUACCGCCCGGUCAGAAGCUGUAUCGGAAUGUUGGUAUCUGUGGACCAUCCUGUACGGGAGCGGUGUUUCCAGAGGCUGGCAUAAACGUUGUUUCGGCUGCGUUGCACUCACAUGUGGCCGGACGAAAGAUGAGUUUACGGCAUGUGCGCGAUGGCAAGGAGCUGCCACGGAUCGUGGAGGAUGAUAACUACAAUCAUAAUUUUCAGCAGAUCCGUCAGCUAGAAAAUGAAACCAAUGUGCUGCCCGGUGACUAUCUGAUAACGGACUGUGCCUACGAGACUGUUGGCCGCAGACGACCGACGCUUGGCGGAUACUCAACGAAGCAAGAGAUGUGCCUCUCGUUCAUUACUUACUACCCAAAGAUCGAGCUGGCCGGUUGCUACAGCAUGACGCCGGUAAAGGAGUUUUUCGAAACCUUCGGCGUGUUCCAGUUCUACGCGAUGAACAUGACGGACGUGGAGAAUCUGUUCCUGUACAACGGCAACAUCCUGGAUCUGCUGCCGACGACAAUCUUCCCAAACUUUGCGCCCGGUGGUGAGGUGGACGACGAGCAGAACCAGCUCGCCAUACGGGCACUCCAGAACGCCCGGGAGUACAGUAUCGUGGCAGAGGAGGAAGAUGUCCUGUACCGGGAAUCGAUUCUCAAUCGGUUGAUCAUCUCCGAUCCGGUCGAGUUUCACGAUCGUACCUUUCUGUCGCACCUGAACCAGCUGCCCUGGUCGGAACCACUGUUUACACGGCGCGUGGAACAGAGCAUACUUACCGGGAAGCACAUGGCCUUCUGCCGGGUAUCGAGCGACGCUAUCUCGGUGGCUUCGGAGAUAUUCAAGUACCCUACGUUCGAUACAUUCGUGAAGGCUCCCAGCCAGUGUCCGUAUCAUCUGUUUAUGGAACUCUCAAACCACCAUCACUCCUCUUCCUCCACCGCACCACAGCGUAUGUCUAGCACGAAGUUACUCAUCCUGGCACUGCUCAUCCUGUACCGACGGUUAAAUCAUGCGCAAACACCCUAAUGCCUCCGAUCCGGAGUACAUCCUCUGUAAGAGGAGCGGCCGCAGACGGCUCUGGUCUCUGCCGCACAUGCUGUGUAAUUUCUUCAUAAGUCUCCUCCAGCGUCCAUGGCUUAUUUAUUGUCCCAGCCCUCCCCCCCAUUCCCACGACCCAUCUUAUCAACAUUCCCUUUUUAUCCCUAU